AAAAUAAGAUAAUUAAAUGUUCUUCUCUCUCGUUUCCUUCACUUUCUACCGAACCAAACACAGCUCUCUCUCUCUCUCUCUCUCUCUCUCUCUACGGCACCGUUUUCCAGUUGAAUUUGUGAGAUUCAAAGCGAAUCAGCGUGUGAAAUAUCUAGGAGAAAACAUGUUCCUUGUGGACUGGUUCUAUGGAGUUCUGGCAUCGCUGGGUCUGUGGCAAAAGGAGGCGAAGAUCUUGUUCCUAGGGCUUGAUAAUUCUGGAAAGACCACCUUGCUUCACAUGCUCAAAGACGAGAGAUUAGUGCAGCAUCAACCGACGCAGUAUCCGACGUCGGAGGAGCUGAGUAUUGGGAAGAUAAAGUUCAAGGCUUUCGAUUUGGGUGGCCAUCAGAUCGCUCGCAGAGUCUGGAAGGACUAUUACGCCAAGGUGGAUGCGGUGGUGUACCUGGUUGAUGCUUAUGACAAGGAGAGACUUGCUGAGUCAAAGAAGGAGCUUGAUGCGCUCCUCUCUGAUGAGGUGCUGGCAAAUGUCCCAUUCCUUAUUCUAGGAAACAAGAUUGACAUACCUUACGCUGCCUCAGAGGAGGAGUUGCGGUACCAUAUGGGGCUGACCAACUUCACCACGGGUAAAGGAAAGGUUAAUUUGAGCGACUCUAAUGUCCGCCCCCUUGAGGUGUUCAUGUGCAGCAUUGUCCGCAAGAUGGGAUACGGCGAAGGCUUCAAGUGGCUCUCUCAGUACAUCAAGUAGGCAAAUGGAUAGACAAGCAGGUGUGCCGAGGCUACCAAGAUGGUAAUUUUCCUACCACUGCUGCAGUCUCUUCGUUUGAACUGGUUUUAGAGAAUUUUAAGCAUAGGUGUUGAUGUAAAGUGAAUAUAUAUAUAUAUUGUCUAUGGUAGUUGCCUUCACUUUUAGCUGCGAAACUUGGUGUGUUUCAACCUUUUCUUGGUAGGGAUAGAUAAGUUCUGUUUGUCUUCAUACUCUGUAUUGAUAACUAUAUUGCAGAAGUAAUAAAAAGGGUUGGAGGUUCAGUUGA